GAACAAACCAAAUUUAUGUGAAGCGAAAUUUUAAAAACACCUUUUUAAAAACAUAAUAAUGACUAUGUUUACCCUUCAUAAUCAGGAUGGGAGAAAUAUGUAUCUCAUUUCUCCUUUUACUAGAGUUAUCGAAAUAAGUUUGAUAUAUUAAUACCUUUCAACGGGUUGGUCUUUACCAACCGAAUAAUGCAGACCAUAUUUAAUAAAGUGAAAUAGUUCAGAGCUUAACGCAAGAGAACAUAACACGUAAAUCGUGCUAUCGAAUCUCACGCACAUAUCUGGGAACACUACAACAGCGCAGUGCUGAAGACGCUUGUAAGGUUUUCUUUUGACAGUUGCAAUUUCAAAUUUCAAAUUAAAAGCGAAAUUUUUCAAUGACAUUUUUAAUUACUGGUAAAUGCACUGCUGAUCGCCUUCAAUUCGCCGGCGAAUACAAGGCGAUUAGAAGGCAUUAACAGGAAAUUUGCGGGUAGAGAAAUGACAGUAUAUUCGUGUGGAACACUUUUGUAACGAAUUUUUUGUUCUUGCUUGUAAAUUCGUUUCUUUCGCAUAUUUCGAUAAUGUUUAGAGAUAAUAUUUCUUAAAAUUGAUACGAAAUACUGAACUUCAAUGAAAAACAACCGGCCAUCAGAGUUUUUUAUUUUAAAAGUUAUAACCAAUGUCUUGAAAUCACCCCACUUGGUGUCGAUCUAACCCGCACUGCAGAAUUGAUGCAACAAAUACACUUUUUUUUAUCAAACUGUUAUCAAAAUCAAUCCAGGGACCGUAGUUUCUCGUAAAAUGGUACACGAUGAAUCAAAAAAGCUUUUCUGAUGUCUACUAGUAAGUUUACAUUGCCAAAAGUAUUGCCUUCAGGUGUCGAGAAACUACCACCCCAAAUAAGUUCCCCUAGUACUUAAUCAGCCGCAAAGAUCCAAAGAGUACCGUGUGCUUGUUUAAAAAAGCUGUAUGGUUCCCACCAAGUACAGUUUUCCCAAGCGCCACAGAUUAAGCUUAAACGACUGGAAAAUUGAAUAUCCACAGAAAAAAAUGAAAGCUCCACAGCUUCAUUGGUUUGAUCAAUAGAUGGCGUAUUACAACUCAUCAUUAUAUUGCUAUCCUUUUCUUGCAAUGUGUUUCGACAAGUUUCAUCUUAUCAUGACCUAUAUAGCCUUCUAACUUUCUGAGCAAAAAUCUAUAUGAAUGGUCGUGUGGUCAGAUACGUGGGUAUCAACACCAACGACCAUUACUCAAAUCUCACUUGCUUCAGUGCUGGUGGUUUCCGUUGGAGUUUAGUAUUUAAACAAUCGUAUCGCCGUUCUAGUUCUAGCGAUGCAUAACUUCAAUGCGAAACCAUACAACAGUACAAAGGAAAUGAGAAAGCUCUCCUCCAAGCGAUGAAGCUGAACUGGUUGGGGUAUCCCACCAACAGAGAGCGCCACCAACUUUUUCGCUAUUUUUAGAAUGCAUGAGUCGUUUGCCGUCUGCUAAACGAAGUCUUUCUAUAUUCCGUUUAGGUAGAGAACUUGAGUCGUUUAGAAGUCGUUUAGUGGUCGUUUAGUGGAUUUGUGGCACUUGGGUUAUCUCUUAAUCACCCACAAAGUACGACAUCGGAAUGAUUUUUCGUUAAACAGCCCCAAAACUAUGGAGUUCGAACUUGGCUAUUUGGGAGUCGUGUGGUCAGAUACGUGAGUAUCAACAUCAACGACCAUUACUCAAAUCUCACUUGCUUCUAGAUACUAGAUGGUAGGAGGAGAAAGCUCUCAAAGUGUUGAAAACUCCACUGGCUGGGUAUCCCACCAACAGAUGGCGCCACCAGCUUUUUCUAUUUUUAGAAUGCAUCAGUCGUUUGCCGUCUGCUAAACGAUGUCUUUUUAGAUUCCGUUUAUGUUGAUGACUUGAGCCGUUUAGAACCCGUUUAGUGGUCGUUUAGUGGAUUUGUGGCACUUGGGCUGUUAAAUGGAGUUAUUCAGAAUUCCUUGUAGGCUGAGAUCUUGAAUUGUUUCAUGCGUUGGGUUGUGUCCAGAGUUGAAAGAGAGUGUCCAGAGUAAGUUUGUCCUUGAUUUAUAAAUGCCAUGUUUGAAUUACAAUUUGUUCGUUGUUUUUUUCAAUUAAAGUUAGUUAUUUUCAUGUAGGUUUUGCUAUUGGGUACGUUGUUUUAGUUCAGGGUUAUAGAAAAAAAUAUUGAAAAAACACGACAAUGAUCAGCCUUUUUUAUGUAUACAUUUCAAUACUUUUUAAGGUAAUGCGUACGAUGAAGUGAGUGAUCAAAUAAUCCAAAAAACAUUAUUUUUCGAAACUGCAUCAACACAACGAUUUUUGAAUCCAGUUUGAACUCUCAACUGGGCACCAAAAACAUAUUGCGUUUAUUUUGGAUUAUUGUUGACAGCUGAACAGCCCGGCAGAAUACAAUGUAAACAAACAAUUCUCUCCAUGGAACUUCUCGAUAGAAAAGUUUUUCAAACAUUUAGCCAGAAUAUUGCUAUCAAAUAUUACACGUGCAAAGAAACUGCCUUUGAGGCAACCUACGAUCAACUAUGGCAAAAUAUGCUGAAGAUAGCAGGAGUAUUGAAGGAACAGAAUUUGGAAGGAAAAAUUGUUGGCGUUCAAUUGUUUCAUUGCCCAGCGCUAAUUGCUGUUAUAGGAGGCAUCAUCAUCUCGGGCAACACAUUUUACUGCAUUGACAAAUCCUGGGAUGAACAGCUAUCGCCUGACCAUGAUAUUUGUGCCGCAUACUUCUUGCAGGAUUUUGAAUUUAGUAGCACGAGUGGUUUGCAUGGUUUGCAAAUGCUGGUCGGGAUGCGCAUCUUUACGAUGCCGCUUACGUUUUCCCUUAGCGUAACUAGCACGGAAAGCUAUCGUGAUGUAGCAUUUUGUAUAAGAACGUCCGGUUCGACAGGGCCUCCCAAAACAGUCCUCGUACCAAGUACCUGCAUAAUGCCAAACGUGCUAUCACUUAGCAAUCGAUUUGGAUUGAGUGAUCGUGACGUAAUUUUUGUAUGCUCGCCUCCUACAUUUGAUCCAUUUGUUCUCGAUAUUGUCAUGGGAUUGCGAGUUGGCGCUACCCUCCUAAUGGUGGAUAAUUCUAUACGCUUAUCUCCAAAACGGUUAUUGGAUGUACUGUUUCCUGGAAUAACGUUUAUGCAAAUGACGCCUUCUAUGUUCACACGUUGGAGUAAAACUGACAUGCUGGACAUCAUUUUUGGCCCUCAAACAACGCUCAGAACGCUUGUACUAGGUGGUGAACGAUUCCCGGUAUUGCCUCGUGCAGCUGAUUGUCGUGUAAGUGUGUAUAAUAUUUAUGGGAUAACGGAGGUUUCCUGUUGGAGCAUGAUUCAAAAAGUUCAAAGCCAAGAUAAUCAGACUGACAUACCUCUAGGAGAAGUACUUGAUCAAUCAAUCGUUCUACAGAUUAGGAAUGAAAUCGACGGUAGUGUGCAAGCGGAUCAUCUGGCAAAUGGAUCUAAAAUAGGUCAAUUGUAUAUUGGAAGCUGCUCCCGGAAAUGUGUGAUACUAGGUAUGUCUGAGGAUGAUGAUACAUUGUCAACUAUGCCUGAUGUUGUGUUCCGGGCGACAGGAGAUUUGGUAGAACUUAGCAAAGAAGGCAAUUAUUAUUAUCGUGGACGAUGUAGCAGAACAAUUAAACGUUUUGGAUGUCGAAUAAGCUUGCCGGAAUUGGAAGCCGUGUUACAAACUCAUCCAUCAGUUGAACAGUGCGCAUCAUGCUUUAUUGAGGAGCUUAAUCGGCUUGUAAUAUACUUCAAGUCAGACACCGAUGAUUCCUCUUUACGCGAAGCACUAUGGAGCAUAAUGCGCGCCAAAUUAAGAGCAGAAAUGCUUCCAGACGAAUUACAUCGCAUUGAACAAUUUCCCCUUUCUGCCCAUGGUAAAAUUUGUCCAAAAGGAUUAGGAGUCAUUUUUGAGAAUUUAAAACAAUCUCGCACCAAGGAAUGUAUCACUCCGGUGGAUUAUUUUUGUGCAGAGCUAAAUGCGAUGGGGAUCGUACACGAAAGCCAACCUAUAGAAAGUGGUCGAACGAAAAAACUGAAACCAAACUCAUCAUUUAUGGACCGUGGAGGAACAUCUUUCAAUGCCAUUUGUUUGCAUGCUACAUUGGAAGAGCAUUUUAAGAUACAACUACCAGGAUUGACGGCAUUGCUGUUGGAUCCGUUGAUUCCAUUGGAAAAAGCAAUCGAUUAUAUACAAUCCAAAAUUGCAACAUCAAAUAGUAAUUGCUUGCAAGACGAUGUUACCAUCCAAAACCAGGCGGAAAAACUUCUAUCAAUCGAGCGUCAAUACGAUUUGAAAAAAUGUAUCGAUUCUCGUGCUUCAAUAAUAUAUUGCCAGGGUAUUGGGGCAAUAUUGAGCGUCGGCAGUCAUGCGGGAUUGCUUGUAACGAUCAAUAUCGAGACGAAUGCGAUCAUUUCGCACCAUUUGUUCCCCGACCGUAUUGAGUGCUCGGUCAACUUUUUCACUUUCGAGGCCAAUGUGUACGGUAUUGUUGGAUGCUAUGAUGGGUUUUUGUACUGCUUCAAUCCGUGGAAAGGCGCGAUAGCUUGGAAGUACGACGCUGGAGGAAUGAUUAAAUGUGCGCCACUUGUAGUACCGCAAACAAACGUAAUCAUCUUUGGGAGCUAUAGCACCACAAACAAUUUGCAUUGUAUUGCUGGGGGAAAUUGUAGUGCUACGCUCCGAUGGAAGAUACGAAUAGGAACCAAACCAAUUUUGUGCCAACCGAUAGUUUUGGGUGACGAUGGUGCAGAAUUUGUCUUGGUUGCUACUCUGGACGGUACCAUUGCAUCAAUCAGCAUAGCAACAGGGUGUUUGGCGUGGAAAAGAACAACGCAGCGCAGUGUUCCAAUUUUUAGCACUCCUACCUUACUGCCAGAAUACAACAAGAUCGCUUGUUGUAGCGUUGAUGGUACACUAGGAAUAUACGAAACAAAACAAGGAACCGAGUUAACGAUCCAUUCCCUUCCUGGCAAUGUGUUUUCAUCGCUCGUCAUGUUAAAAUAUCCCCUCGAUCGAGUAGAUUUUAUCGUUGGCUGUUACGAUCGGCAUGUCCACUGUGUAGAAUAUUUACCUGCAAACAGCAACACACUCAUUCCAAAAUGGAAAAUUGAAGUUCAAUCACAAAUCUACGCAACUCCAUUGUUAGUAGAAGGCUAUCUCGUGGUGUGCACAACGUCGGGAUGGAUUAAUUUAAUCGAUACUCGCGAUAGUAGUGAUGCGAAAAAUAGCAUUAUUUCCAGCAUGAAAUUGAACGGUGAGCUAUUUGCAUCACCAGUAGGGUUUGGUAAAAAGGUGUUUAUCGGGUGUAGAGAUAACUUUUUGUAUGAAAUACUGUUGAAUAUUUAGUACAAGGAAUUAACAAACCAG